AUGGCCGUCUGCGACAUUAACAUGUGUUUCACUUUUAUUAUGGCUGGUUGGGAGGGCAGCGCACAUGACAGUCGAGUUUUUAAAUCUGCGACACGGGAUCCUAAUAGCAACUUUCCACAUCCACCUUCAGACUUCGCUCGUGCAAGUAACGUCACACGAGGAAGAAAGGAAAUGUUUAAUAAACGACAUUCAUCGCUACGUGGUGUAAUUGAGAGGACUUUUGGUGUCUGGAAAAAGAAAUGGGUGAUACUUCGUGAUAUGCCUCCCUACAAUUUUUCGAAACAGGUACAGAUUGUCUGUGCUACAAUGGCUCUUCAUAAUUACAUAAGAAGACAUCAUUCCCGUAGCGAUAUCGACUUUCAUUUGGUGGAAGAGGAUGAAGAAAAUGUGCAUUCAGAAGCAUUUGAAUACCGGCUAGGUCAGUCUUUCACAGAAGAAGAGACCGAGGCUUCUAUUGCCUUCACUGUUGAUGGGGAAGGUGCAAGCGAGAUGGCGGAGCUGAGGGAACGAAUUACUGAUGAGAUAGUAGGCCUAUGA